AUGGCUCACCAGGUAUCGCCGGCCACGCAGAGGGCCCUGCGGCGGAGGGCGGGAGAGCACUGGGGGAACCAGGACGAUGGCCUCCGGGCCGCGCAGCACGGGAUCCUGCUACUGGAGCUGGAGUCGGGCCUCCGGCCAGCGGCUCAGCAAAAAGGAAGAAAAGGCUCCUUAAUCAGAAGCAGCUGGGUCGGGGUCGGGGCGGAGAGAGCCAGACAGUGGGGCCCGGGGGUUGCUCAGGUUAUCAAGUGCAAGGCUGCAGUUGCCUGGGAGGCUGGAAAGCCUCUCUCCAUAGAGGAGAUAGAGGUGGCACCCCCAAAGGCUCAUGAAGUUCGAAUUAAGAUCAUUGCCACUGCAGUUUGUCACACUGAUGCCUAUACGCUGAGUGGAGCUGAUCCUGAGGGAUGUUUCCCAGUGAUUUUGGGACAUGAAGGUGCUGGAAUCGUAGAAAGUGUUGGCGAAGGAGUUACUAAGCUGAAGGCAGGUGAUACAGUUAUCCCACUUUAUAUUCCACAGUGCGGAGAAUGCAAAUUCUGUCUAAAUCCUAAGACAAAUCUUUGUCAGAAGAUAAGAGUCACUCAAGGGAAAGGAUUAAUGCCAGAUGGUACGAGCAGAUUUACUUGCAAAGGAAAGACACUUUUACAUUACAUGGGAACCAGCACAUUUUCUGAAUACACAGUUGUGGCUGAUAUCUCUGUUGCUAAAAUAGAUCCUUUAGCACCUUUGGAUAAAGUCGAUUUCAAUAAGCCCAUCCAGGAGGUGCUUGUUGAGAUGACUGGUGGAGGAGUGGACUAUUCCUUUGAGUGUAUUGGUAACGUGAAGGUCAUGAGAGCAGCACUUGAGGCCUGCCACAAAGGCUGGGGCGUCAGUGUGGUGGUUGGAGUAGCUGCUUCAGGUGAAGAGAUAUCCACCCGUCCAUUCCAGCUGGUUACAGGCCGUACAUGGAAAGGCACUGCAUUUGGAGGAUGGAAGAGUGUAGAAAGUGUUCCAAAGUUGGUGUCUGAAUACAUGUCCAAAAAGAUAAAAGUUGAUGAAUUUGUGACUCACAGUCUGUCUUUUGACAAAAUUAACAAAGCCUUUGAACUGAUGCAUUCAGGGGAAAGCAUUCGAACUGUUGUAAAGGUUUAAAUUUACAAAAGAAAAAUGUGUCCAUCCUGUCUUGGAGUCUCGUGGCAAGCAGCCUGACAGGAAGAAGCUCUUCCAAGUUCACAGCCUCUCAGACCUUCAGUGACUACUGUAGGCAAUAAUGUUAUAUGUGUAAUUCGUAAAUUGUAAUUGAGGACAACUAAUUCAGUCAUAAAUCUGUUUUCUGUACUCUCCUUCCCGUAAAUAAUGGCUCUUUGAUUAAAGAAUAUUUUAACAUAAUAAAAUUUCUACAAUUCUA